AACUUUGUUCCAGUCAUAAAUGGGCGUGUUUACUCCUGCUGCUCAGUCCUUUGAGUUACUCCUCGGGAAGGAAGGGCAUGGACUGAACUCUGACAGGACUGCCUUCUGAGCCACAGGCUGCUCUUGUUCCUCAGGGAAUCAGGUGGACAUGGAGGACUUCUGGGUAUUUGCCCUUUGGGCACUAAAGACUUGGCUGUGCCUCCUCAUCGGCCUCAUCAUGGUCCCUGCCAUGUUUGGCUUCUCACUGGGCAUCUCUGAGGCCUACAUGAACAUCCUGGUGAAAACCUUAGAGUGGGCCACUCUGAACAUACAGAAAGUCACAGAUGAACGAACACUCAAACCAUCUGCAUCUAAUGGUCUCAUCCAGAGGGAGGAUGGCUCUAUGGAGAAAGAGUUGGAGGAACUCAGAAGCAGUCGCCCCAAACCACCGGUGGGCGGUGACUUUGCACUUAGUGACUGUUUCUAUUUCACAAGAAAAGGAAUUGAGAGCAUUGUAGAGGAUGAGGUGACACAGCGGUUCACUUCAGAGGAGCUGGUGUCGUGGAAUUUACUGACUCGCACCAACAACGAUUUCCAGUACAUCAGUCUGAAGCUGACGCUGGUCUAUGGCAUCGGCAUCUUUGUGAGAUACUGCAUCCUCGCCCCGCUUAGGAUAACUCUGGCUUUCAUCGGCCUCUCCUGGUUGGUCAUAGGAACAUCUGCAGUUGGAUUACUUCCAAAUUGGAGGAUGAAGUUCUGGCUCAGUGAAUGGGUGCAUGUGAUGUGCUACAGGAUCUGUGCUCGAGGACUUUCUGCCACCAUCCGCUAUCACAACAGGGAAAACAAACCACAAAAAGGAGGAAUCUGUGUGGCCAAUCACACCUCUCCUAUUGACAUAGUGAUUCUCUGCAACGAUGGGUGUUAUGCUAUGGUGGGUCAGGUGCAUGGAGGUUUGAUAGGAGUCCUCCAGAGAGCCAUGGUGAGGUCGUGUCCUCAUGUCUGGUUUGAGAGGGCAGAGAUGAAGGAUCGCCACCUAGUGACCAAAAGGUUGACAGACCAUGUGAAUGACAAGGAAAAGCUCCCCAUAUUGAUAUUUCCAGAGGGAACCUGUGUAAACAACACAUCUGUCAUGAUGUUUAAGAAGGGAAGCUUUGAAAUUGGAGCGACUAUAUAUCCAGUGGCUAUCAAGUAUGACCCAAAUGUUGGAGAUGCUUUCUGGAACAGUUCCAAGCAUAGCAUGGUCAACUACCUGCUGAGGAUGAUGACCAGCUGGGCCCUCGUCUGUAAUGUCUGGUACCUGCCCGUAAUGCAUCAACAGGAGGGGGAAGACGCUGUCCAGUUUGCCAACAGAGUGAAGUCGGCCAUUGCUCGACGGGGAGGACUCGUAGAUUUACAGUGGGAUGGAGGUCUGAAGAGAUCGCAGCCCAAGGUGUGGUUCAAAGAGGAGCAGCAGAAGCAGUACAGCAGCAUGGUGGUGGGGGAUGACAGCAGCAGCCACAGUGACUGACCCCCCCCCCCCUCCCCAGUACGCUGUAAUAAUCCCUGCCAUGUGGAGAAUAUACACUGGAAACGGGCAUCUCUUUCUCUCUCCUCUCGUAUGUCCCCAUGAGCUCGGCCUGAUCCUGUCAAUUACAGCAGGACAGGUACCUCAGGUAAAGAGGAGUCUCAGUGAUCCACAAAGUGCAAUAUGGAGCUCUUAUGAGGCACAGACUGUGGCUCUGAUAAAGUGAGAAGCUCUUUAUUUUUUACUGCUGCUGAAAAAACGUUAGCUUCUCUUGUAAUUGAAUGCUGAGGAAAUGCUAUGAAUGAAAUGGGUGAUUAUAAACAACACGCUGGUGAGAACAACUGGGUUCAUGGAUGUCUCCAUCAGUAGACUUAUUCAUGAGCUGUUCAAUUUUUUUUUUUUAAAGAUAACUUUUAGUUUACAAGUUUGUGUGAUUUAUAAAAUCACAAAAGAACCUGUAGGCACUGUGUGAUUUUACUGUUGUGUAGCAUUACAUGUCAUACUAUUUAAUACAGCAGAUGUGGAGAGCUAAAUACAAGAGAUAAAUGCUUUUAUGUAUUUAGGUCUUACUGUAACAUAAUUAACACUGAUAUACACUUUUACCAUAGAUAUUGUUCAUUCAAUUCAACACUGAUACAUGACACACUGAUAUGUUUUAGUUAUGCAAAAAUAAAAUGUAUUCUGUGGUUUUGGUAACCUUUGACCCCUCACCCCUUUUCCACAGUGCAGUAAAGGCAAAGUAGGGACACGAGACACAUAGGUUUGGCACAUAAAUAAUACAUGCGUGUGGGUCAAGGAUAGUUCAUUAAAAGUCCACAUGAGAUGGGAUGGCUUUAAAGGAGAACACACAGUGGAGACUUUUUGGAUCUCUCUUCACUGGGUACUGUUCCUGAAGUGGUCUCCUCCUCUCUGCUGCUAUUUUUCUGGGAGUUCUCUUCUUUGGCUCCUGAAAAAAAGUGUUUGUUUACUCACAGUAACUUUUCUGAUAUUUCUAUUGUUUUAUCUUGUCAGCGUUCUCACCAUUAUUUUUCUCCCUAUCAGUUUCCUCAGCAUCAAUUUCAUUAUCACUGGGCUCAAGGUUUUCCUGUGUAAAAACAAAUAUGAGUUAAUCACAUGUCACAGUUAAUUGUGUCUCACUGUCCCCCAAACUACUGCUACUACUACUACUACUGCUACUUGAUAACAAUACUCACAUGAAACGCGUGUCUUUUGAUUUUCUUUCUCUCUUUGAGUUGGUAAUAUCUGGAAUAAUCAAGAAUGAAAAUAGGUUUACAUGCGAUUGCCAAGAGACUAAGCUGAUACUAAUUUAUUUACAAUAGUGUGUUUUGGAGAACAGUGCCUUUUGACUUCCUGACUUUUUCUUUUGUCAAACAGCCAAGAGAAACAAAUGGUACUGUGAAAUAUUUAUGAGUCUGAUUAGUGCCUCACAUCUGUCUUCCUCUGUGCAGUUCAAAUGACAAACAGGUUGCUGUUGAUUCAGACCAGCAGUUUUUAAAGUAAGAUGCUUUUAUCUCUUAGCAAUAAAAAGCCACGUGGCAAAUCUC